AUGGUUGUGAUGAAUUUAUAUUUCGUAAGAUAUCAUAAAUAUAUACCAAAGAAUCUUUUUAAAUUACACAAUCUAUUUGGCAUUGGUUUAGAAUGCGUAUUUAUCAAGAAGUUUAUCAACCAACAAAUAGGAGUUGUAAUUUUUAUUAAUUUUAACGAUUCGUUUCACUACAUUAUUGUAUUUUUUAUUCUUUAUUAUAAUGAUAUAUUAAAAAUAAAAGAUAUUCAUCAUAAUUAA